UAUUCUUCCUCGUCUUUUCCCACCCCACGUUACCUCAAAGACUAGAAACAAAAAAAUUUUUAUCCUCGGUCUAUGUCGCAGUCGAUACCGGUAUAGAUCUCAAUCGCUGAAAUUCCUUUCGACCCAUUCUUUCGCUUUCCUUUCCCGCUCCCGAACCUCAGACCCCCUAUCUCCUCAUGGCCUCAGCCGGGGGCUUGACUCGCCGAAGAGGUGGCGGUCGAGUCGCUGGCGCAGACGAGAACGACGACAGCAGAGUCUCAUCCCCAAUAUCGAGAAACGGUUCCUCCUUGGAUAACCGUAUCCCAGAGACGUCGUUCACCAGUACCGAAAAUGGACACAAGAUCGCAUUCGACCCUAGAGACCUCAGCGAGACCGAGGAACGAAGCAAGCAGCCGAAGCUGACGUUGAUGGAGGAAGUACUACUACUGGGGUUGAAAGACAAACAGGGUUAUCUGUCGUUUUGGAACGAGAAUAUUUCGUACGCCUUGAGAGGAUGUAUUGUGAUCGAACUGGCCCUCCGUGGUCGAAUCAGUAUGCAGAAGGAUUCUUCUCGACGACGCUUCCCCCUGGCCGAUCGGGUCAUCGAAGUCAUCGACGAUACCUUGACUGGGGAGGUCUUGCUGGACGAGGCGUUGAAGAUGAUGAAGUCGAGCGAGAAGAUGAGUGUGAACUCCUGGAUUGAUCUUAUGAGCGGCGAAACAUGGAAUUUGAUGAAGAUUGGCUACCAGCUGAAGCAAGUGCGCGAACGUCUUGCAAAGGGACUCGUCGACAAGGGCAUUCUUCGUACUGAGAAACGCAACUUCCUCCUCUUCGACAUGGCUACACAUCCUGUCGCCGACGGCGGCGCGAAAGACGAUCUCCACCGUCGGGUGCGUAAUGUGUGCAGCAAUCGUACCGUCAUUCUCCCGCCUAAUCAGUGGCUUCCUGAGGAUGCCGAGUUCCGCUAUCUGCGGACGAUCACGAUGGUAUGCGCGGCUUAUGCGGCCAAUGUAUUGGAAAAUGCUUUAGUCACGAUGAGCCACGAGGCUCGAGAGAGAGCCUUUGCGCAGGUGGAUGAGUUGUUGGCAGAGUACUCCCAAUGGCCAUUUGCCCGGCGGGCCGGUGGUUCGCAGGCAAUUGGAGCCAAUCUGGCGCAAGCAAUCAACGAGGAAGCGAACAAGGCUAAGGACAGAGAGCUUCAGUUGGAGAUUGUAGCGGCAUGUUUGAGCGUUUUCACUAGACUUGACUCCUUACUCUAGGAGCUUUAUCUAUCACCUUUGUCCUUCCACACUUUACCUCUAUUACCUCUAUCUUUCACAAUAUUCCCGUGGUUUCUCUCACAGAAAAUUUCAGCAGGAGUUUUUCUUUUCCUUUGCUCUUUUGGCUACUUAGCAGUAGUUCCCAGCAUCCGGUUGGAAUUGGGUGGAGUGACUUUAUAUGAAUCAGCCGUCGAAUACGGCCCAAUGCAUUGUUCUACGAGAUGUUCGAUAUGUCUGAUCUCCAUCGAUCUG